AUGGACCCGCGCCCUGCCAUCGACCCACGCGUCGCCGCCGCGCCACCGUCCAUGACGCGGCCAGUGACGCGAGGAGCGCGACCCACUGCGUCGGAACCCUUUUCGCGUUGCCAGCGUCGCCGUGGCCUCCAGUCGCGCCGUCGCCAGUCUGGGUUGCUCUGCCGCCGUGAAUCUCCUCGCUGUUGGGGUCUCACCGUCGCCGUCCCUGUUGUGGCUGGUGUCGUCACUGAAGACCCACCAUUGCUGGAGAAAGGAAGAGAGUCAGAGGAGGAGAGCCACGCCGGAGAAGAACUACCGCGGAGCUGUCCCUGCCGCUGCGCCCAGCAGCUGUCGGGAGCCUUGUCGCCGUUCAUGGGGUGUGCCGGUAAGCUCAUGCCAUCGGAAAACCUCGCUGCCAUCACCGAAAAAGCCACUGCCGUUGUCGUGAUCGGAAUUCGUUGCCGCUGCCGCUUGAGGUGGCUGUUGGGGCUACCGCCCAACCGGUUCAGAGGCCGUUGCUGUUCGGUUCAGCCGUUCUUUCUUAGUUUCAGAGCUAGAAUCCGGUUUGCUUGUGCCGUUUGGGGCUGUUUCUGCUUUUGAGAGAGCGGGCAGAGCCGAGAUUUUGAUUGCCGGUGAUUUCGG